AGUUGCCGUUUCCUGUCGUGGUUGUGUUGAUCACAACGAAUGUAUGGGCGAUUGAAGUUUCAAACAAAGAAGUUAAAAUUCUAGUUAUAUAUUUAUCACACGCCCCAAGCCGAUCAGUCACGUUAAUGAUUGGUAUCUUUCUAUGAUUAUUCAAUUUCUCUUACUAGAGACAAGAUGCCUCUGCCUCCAGCGUUACUCGCUCGCCUCGCCAAGAGAGGGAUUCUGAAGCACUCGGACCAAGAGGGGGAUGAGGAGAUCAUUGCUGAGGAUUAUGAUGACAACAAUGUCGAUUAUGAAGCCACUAGAGUGGAGAAUUUGCCUCCCAACUGGUACAAAGUUUUUGACCCUAUUUGUGGUCUACCUUACUACUGGAAUGUGGAGACAGACCUUGUUGCCUGGCUGUCUCCAAACGAUUCCUCAUCUGUGAUAACCAAAGCUGCCAAGAAACUGAGGGCCGAGGGGGGAGAUGACAGAGUGGAGAGACAGUUUGAGAAGCCAGAUAGAGAGAGGGAGCGAGAGAGGGAACGAGACCGAGAGAGGGAGCGUGAGAGAGACGAUGUAAGGGAGAGAGACAGACGGAUGCAGAGGAGAGAAGAUGUUGCCCCCUACAGCAAGAACAAACGAGGGAGGAAGGAUGAUGAGAUGGACCCCAUGGAUCCGAGUUCUUAUUCUGAUGCUCCCAGAGGGAACUGGUCCACUGGGUUGCCCAAGAGGAAUGAGGCCAAGACUGGUGCAGAUACUACCGCAGCAGGCCCACUGUUCCAGCAGCGGCCCUACCCUAGCCCUGGAGCUGUGCUCAGAGCAAACGCAGAGCAUAAGCCACCCAAAGAGUGACCACAGCUCAAAGGAAACUAUGGAAUCUGAUCAUUGUUGCCCCCUUCGUUUUUUUUCUGUCUUAUAAAGUAAUUAUAGCAGACAUCAAUGUAUAAAUGCGAAAUCCCUGUUUCAUGCUCCUCAUCGGUAUAUUUUGUAAAUAUCACUUGGUUUUUUGUAUUGCCCUGUGUUAUGCUCUAAUAAGAUGUCUUCACUUAAUAAAUGUACCACAUUUGUGA